AUGCCUGGCGCAAGCGUGGCAGUAAUGCCAUCUUCGGCAGCAUCAACACCGGCACGAAAGGCCUCACUCGCCCCAGAGAGAAAGUACAAGUGCCAGUUCUGCAACCGAGCAUUCAGCAGGAGCGAGCAUCGGAGCAGACAUGAGCGAUCCCAUACAAAAGAGCGGCCGUUCAAGUGUCUCAAGUGUCGGAGCACCUUCGUGCGGCGCGACCUUCUUCUCCGGCAUGACCGCACCGUCCAUGCUAAAGAUGGAGGUGUCCCUCUCCACAGCGACGGCAAGCGCCGAGGCGGCCCCAAGACUGCCCGGCCUGUCAGCGGUCCCUCCAAGUCUGCAAUCGCCAUCGAUACUUCGGCUCUUGAGCAAUUCGAAGCCAGUAGCGACGGUAUUUUCGAUGUGGAAACCGCUGCAAUGCUCGUUGCUGACCUUCAUCAAAAAGCGACCGCAGCGGCUCGUGCUAAUGGCAGCCACUACGACAGCAGUCCUGGCAUGGCUUUCUCUCAGCAUGGAUCCGCGAUGAUGGAACCUGCCGUGACAUACCCCAACGGCGCUAUCGGCUUGCCGCAGUGGGAGGGCUUCAUGUCACAGUCAGAGCCCAAGGCGCAUUCGAUCAGCUCAGGCGGCUCGGCAGCAUUCGAUGCUCAGAACACCUCCAGUCAGCUGCCUCCCCUUGCCGGCCAGAAUGUCAACGGUCUGGCCCCAGGACUUCAGGCCAUGAUCAAUUCGCUUCCCCCUUCGGCCGCAGGCACUCCAAGACCUCAGUCACCGUUCAUGCAGCACCGCUCUCACACGCCUGUUGACGCCGCUCAGCCCAGCGGGAGUUUCAAGGCCCCUCAGGUCAGCAAUGAUGAAGAAAGGAACAUGAUCCUGGACCAUAUCCGCAGCACAGAUAGCGAACAUGCCAUCCCAGAAGGCUUCCGCGUCCCUAGCCUAUCUUCCAUGAAUCGUUAUCUUGCCACCUACUUCGGCCUGUUCCAUCACCACCUUCCAUUCCUGCAUCCUGCCUCGUUUGAGCCGACUCGGGUGUCGCCUGCGCUCCUGCUCGCUGUCCUUUCGAUCGGCGCUUUGUAUGCUUUCGAUCAGGAGCCCGCCUAUACACUUCACAUCGGGUCCAAGGUGCUUGUCAAUCAGUUCCUGCAGCACAAGGAAAACUUCAGCUCGCGCAAGUGUCCACUCUGGACAAUGCAAAGCUCGCUGCUUAACAUGAUUUUUGCGAGCUGGAGCGGCGACCCGAAGGGCCUUGAAUGGGCGUGCUCGAUCAAGAGUCUGCUUGCCAACAUGGUUGCCGGGAACCGCUACGAGUUGAAGUUGCGACAGGAAGCUCGUGAAGGCCGCGCGCCUACCCGCGCCGAGUGGAUUGAGGACGAAGGUUGCCGGCGCACGUACUACGCCGUGUACAUCUUCUUUGGUCUUCUGACACUGACAUACAACCACACUCCGGCCAUCAGCUUCAACGAGUUUGAGGACCUGCAGCUCCCCUCGACUGAGGCUCUUUGGAACCUGAAGGUUGCCGAUGACGCCUGGCAGGAUCACCUGAGGGUAUCUCCGAGCGUCACGUUCAUGGAGGCUCACGACAACCUUUUCCAAGGGGAGACACUCAAGUACAGCGCCUUUGCGACGCGAGUCAUGAUCAACGCGCUCUUCCUCGAAGUCUGGUAUCACAAGCGCAGCCCCGAGGCGCUGCAAGACGUGGUCACCGAGUACAAGCUUAGGCUUGCUCUCGAGACUUGGGAGAAGUCCCUGGAUCUCUGCGAGCCGGAAGUCUUUUCGGUGCCGCUUAACGCUCCUCACAAGGGACACCCGCUGAUCUUCAACGCCAAGGCAAUGUUCCGCAACGCGCGUGCUCGGUUGGAGGUGGAUCUGAAGACGGUUCAGGAGGCCCUUCGGUAUCACGACUCGUACGAAGUGGCGGCGGCCAUGUCGAAUGCUCGGGACCGCGUGAAGCGCUCAAGCGAGAUGAUCAAGGUCAUUCAGGAGUGCUAUAACUGCAUUGAGACUGCGGUUCUCCAAGGCGUCCGCUGGGUGGCGCGCACCUCGCCGACAAACUGGAGCAUUGAGCACCCGCUGUGCGGCAUGGAUCUCAUGAUCAUCCUCAGCCUUUGGCUCUACCGUCUGGAACAUGACGAGGAGCCGGCAAGCGAGGACGAACUGGUCAUGUACAACCGUGUCCGCCAGCUGUUUGACAAGGAUCUCGACGAGACGUAUGUCACGCAGCUGAGCUCCGUCGUGGCCCGUCUGUGGGGCUCGAUGCUGGAUGAGGUGGUUGUCUGGGGAAUCACUCGCCUCAUGGGUGAAUCGUUCCGGCUCCACUCACAGGCCCUUGUGGGCUACGUGGACGAUGUUGCUGCAUCCUCUAGCGUUUCGACGCCGUCCAUGACCUCGCAGGGCGCGGACGAGGACAGCGUGUAUUAG